AUGUCCAGCGCCGAUUCGACUCGGCUCUCUCUUUCUACUAUCUGCGGGCUUCUGUACCUGAAGUCGGUGCCCAUCGAAGCCUGGACUGCAAUGGUCGAGGAGCACGGCUAUGACGUGGCUGCCGCUCACGACCUCAUGGGCACUGACGGACGCCUCCGGGGUCUUCAGCGUUUCCGACUGAAUGGGUGGCUGACUCCGAGGCUGCGCCCCGCCAGGAAGCGCGCACAGACUACGGAGAAGACCGCAGAGCCCGCCGACCAACAGGCUAGGGAAAAGCCCGCGCAGCCCACCGACAGACAAAAUUUGGAACAGCUCCUCGCUUCCAAAGACCCAGAGACGAUCUCUUCCCUUCUUCGCUCAUCGUCCGGUUUCACCAAACCUAUCUUUAUACAUCCAAUUGUCUUGCAAGCUCUGCAAGAGUUCCAAGAGUCUUUCCAAGAGUCCAGCUUGGACACGCUGCCGAAGAUACGGGAGUCGAUGCAGUAUCUACUGACGCAUCAUCCAGGAUACGAGGACUACUUCCUCGAGGUGGUCAAGAAAUACGGGUUCAAAAAGGCUGACGUACUGCUCGGCCUCCAAGAGGGGACAUCACUUACCAUGGUGGAGAUGAAUCGGGCUUACACGGACGACUUUCUGGCCACCAUGAAUGACACCAACGCACGGAGUUUAACCUUCUUCCGCCGGGGGCACGGCGAUACCGUCAAUGAACGCAUUCAAGAUCAGAAACACUUCCGCGAGGUGAUCGAAGGACCCGAUGGGCUGUCCAGGAAGCAAGCAUUCACACACUUCCAGAACCAAAAGCGCCAGAACAAACAGCGCUGGACGGACUCGACCAUCGAUACCAAGCUACCGGCUUGGUAUCAGAGGAUGCACGAUGCAGCGCAGUCUCGCUGGCUGGAGUCGCACCUUGAUGGCGACGAAACUCGUAAUCUUUUGCAGACUCAGGUAUACAAGGGGAUACUUGCAGAUACGCUGAAGAAGGUCGAAGACGAGAACCUUUGCCGUGGUCUCUCACUCGAGCCUGAAAUCGAGAAGCUCUGGGCAGAUCGCCAGCGCCAGAAUCAGUCGCACUUCGAGCCAGUGAUCAUCGCCACUGCCGCCGCCGCGAGCGCACCGAGUCCCGAGACCGACCCGGACUGGCAGAUGCCACAAAACGCACCUACUGCCUCUCCAGAUGCGGCCGGGGUUGAUGACGACAUGGAGCAUCCCGCUGUGGAAGAGUUCAUGGCCGGCUGCGAUUGGGAAUCAGGAGGCACGGAUCUCGAAACGAGUCGGGGGCCUGGAUGGGCGGCCGAUGAGGCGCCAAGCGAUGCGUACGACGUGCACGUGACCGACGUCGAAUUCCCUCCAUGCUACUGGUGA